AUGAAAAAGUAUAAAUGUACCAUUUCACAUCAUCAAGCCAGGAGAGCAAGAACAUAUGCUUUGACAGAGUAUGAAAAAACUUUGGAGGAGCAUUAUGGAAUGUUAAGGUCUUAUGGUGAAGCAAUAUUGAGAACAAAUCCAGGCUCUACAGUGCAGUUGGGUACUACAACCAAUCCAGAUGAUAAGUGUUAUUUUGAUAGAUUCUACAUUUGUUUAUCUGGUGUGAAAGAAGGAUGGAGGUUUGGGUGUAGAAAGAUUGUAGCUUUGGAUGGGUGUUUUUUGAAGAAGCCAUGUAGUGGUGAGCUCUUAAGUGCAGUUGGAAGGGAUGGAAACAACCAAGUAUACCCAAUUGCUUGGGCAAUUGUGAAUGGCUUAAUUGAGGUUGUCAGGGAUGUCAUGCCAAGAGCAGAACAUAGACAAUAUGCUAGGCACAUCUAUGAAAACUUCAGAAAGGUGUAUAGUGGUGUUGAGUUCAGGAACCUAUUUUGGAAAGCUGCCAAGUCAUCAUACCAAGCACAAUAUGAGUCUGUCAUGAGAGAAAUCCAGGUAGUUAAUCCUAAUGCAUAUAGAUAUUUGUUACACAGAAAUCCUAGGUCUUGGUGUAGGGCUUUUUUUGAAAUCCAUAGAGGAUGUGAGGCAGUUGAAAAUGGUUUUAGUGAAUGUUGGAACUCUGUCUUGUUGAAAGUUAGGAACAAAACAAUAAUCACUCUGCUAGAAGCAUUGAGAGUAAUUGUUAUGCUUAGGUUAGAGUCUUUGAGGGAGUUAAGUCAAGGUUGGGAGCAUGAUGUGUGUCCAUCUAUUAGGAAAAAACUAGAAGCCAUAAAGAACGAGAGGACUUGUUGGUUGACUAUACAUGCUGGUGGUAGUUUAUUUGAGGUUAGAAAUUACAAUAAUGCAUACACUGUGGACAUGGAUGAAUAA